AUGGCCAGCAAUCAUCCAACCCAGGCCCAGCCAGCCAAAGACGGCGCGCAGCAGGAGGAGGAGAAGCUGGAGGAUGCACUCUAUCACUUGAACCAGCUGCAUCUCCAGGCAAGUUAUGCACACUGGUCAACGUUCUUCGACGGCUUCGCUCGGCGCUUCCGCGCAUCCGAGGCCAUGUAUGCCGCCUUUAUGCAGUCUGUUGAUUCCACAACCAAAGAGUUGGGCAGCUUCCGCGAUGCCUUGGGCAGCCCGGAGACCAAGGCUAUAUGGAACAGAGUUAGCGCCAGUCAAAAAAGAGAUCCCAAGGGCAUCAAACAAUGGCGAGCAGUGGAUGAUCCUUUUUGGGGUGAUCCUGAUCGGAAGAGGGUGAAGACGGAAUAA